AUGGGAUCAUCCAACAUUGAUGUAACAAUGUCCACCUCAGACAUCAAAAAUAAAAUAAAAAGCUGGGAUGUUAAAAAUGUCACAGACAGUGACCACAGGGUGCUCAGCUUCGAGCUAGUUAUAGAUGGACCUCGAAUUGAGAAAACGACCUCCCCUCGGUUCAAUGUCCGCACCGCAGACUGGGACUUGUUCCACAGCACUCUCGCGGCGGAAGUUGGUGGCAUCCCCGAAACAGAUAUUAACUGCAUGGCAGAUGGUAUUGAUCGCGCAAUAAAACUGUCUGCAAAUCGAUCGAUGGAAAAAUGCAGGUCCAGAAACCCGUUGGGCAAAAACAUCUGGUGGUCACCCGAGCUCUCGACUCUGAGACGGGACUUGAUCCGAGCCAGGCGACAAGGCCUGAGAGCGUAUGACCGGCCUGCGUACAACGCCAAGCGUAACAACUUUUUAACAGAGAUAAGAAAGCAAAAAAUGGCCGCUUGGAAAGUGUUCGCCAACGACACGAAUGAAAAACAGUGGGGCAAAGCCUUCAAAUGGGCGAAGAACGGUAGUGAACGGGAUAACUCCGUUCCUAGCACUCUAAUUCGCCCAGAUGGCAACAGCACGACAGACUAA